CGUUUAUUCGACAACACAAAGAAAAGCCUUUAAUAUCCGGGGUAAGAUUCCUGUUAUUCUAGUAGUGAGUCGCUGAGAGUCAUUCAGAGUUGAGGCAGAUCUAAAGGAAAAGUGUUUUUUCAAAGUUAUUCCUGUGACGCCGAUCUUUUUAUUUGUCCUGAAUAACUUUUUGUUUUAGGAUAGAAAGUGUGCUUAGCUGUGGAAAGUGCUGAGCUGUGACUGAGUGAUGCAACAUGGCAGCAACUGGCAGGUUUCUGUCAGCUGUUAUUAGGAUCCACGGCCGUGGAACGGACACUGUGGGACAGAGGACACUCUCUUAUCUGCCCUCUGUCCUGAUCAGAAAAGAACCAGAGACAAACCCACGGUUUAAACGCCCAGGAUCGGAUGGACGCAGCAGCCUCGACCAGAGAGCUUCAGCCUGGAAGGAAGAAGGCGGUCGGUCAGGCAGCUCUGCCCGGCUCAAGCCUCUCUUUGUGGGGCUGGGACUCUGCGGAGCGGCGCUACUGGACCGCCUGAGGGAGGAUCAGGUGGACUCAGAGGGAUCUUCAGGAUCCAGCAGCUUUUUAAGACUCUUUCUGCCCGCGGCUCAGUGCGCCUCCCCGUUUAGACCCGACAGUCCCCGCUUCAGAUACAACUUCAUAGCUGAUGUGGUGGAAAAAUCCACUCCAGCUGUGGUGUACAUCGAGAUCGUGGGCAGAAAUCCGUUUUCAGGAAGAGAAAUCCCGGUGUCGAACGGCUCGGGUUUCAUCAUCAGCAGCGACGGCCUGAUCAUCACCAACGCUCACGUCGUGGCCAACAAGAGAGGCGUCAGAGUGAAGCUGACCAACGGCGACACGUACAACGCCACAGUGCAGGACAUCGAUCCCGGCGCAGACAUCGCCACCAUUAAAAUCACUUCAACUAAACCUUUCCCCACGCUCAAACUGGGUCAGUCGUCGGAGGUUCGUCAAGGAGAGUUCGUGGUUGCUAUGGGGAGUCCGUUUGCUCUCCGGAACACGAUCACCUCAGGGAUCGUCAGCUCGGCGCAGAGAGGAAGCCAGGAGCUGGGCCUGUCCAACUCCAACAUGGAUUACAUACAGACAGACGCGACCAUCGACUUUGGAAAUUCUGGAGGUCCUUUGAUUAAUCUGGAUGGGGAAGUAAUCGGCAUAAACACCAUGAAGGUCACUGCAGGAAUCUCGUUCGCUAUCCCGUCUGAUCGGGUGAAACUUUUUCUGAAUCAAGCAGCUAAAAGAAAAACCUCUAAGGUUGGUGACUUGAGUGUGAAGCCUCGGUACAUCGGUGUCAUGAUGCUAACGCUAACACCAAGCAUCAUUGCGGAGCUGAAGAUGAGAGACUCGUCUUUUCCUAACGUCAACCAUGGCAUUCUGAUCCACAAAGUCAUCGCCAGCUCACCAGCCAGCAGAGCUGGGAUGCUGCCAGGAGACAUCGUGUUGGAGAUCAACGGGGUCAUGGUGAACACCUCUGAGGAGAUCUACAAGGCCGUCAGGAGCAGCGACACCAUCAACAUGGUGGUGCAGAGAGGAAACCAGCUCUAUAAACUCCAAGUCACGCCUGAACACAUCGAGUGACGACGGCUGACGCUCGCUGGUGGCCGAACGUUUGCCAGGGAGAAAACUGUGAAACUUGAUGUAUUAAUGUAAAUAUUUUUAUUCAUAUAGAAUGAAAGUUGAAGUGUGGACAUAUUUUAGCAGCUUUACUGUUAAUUUCAAAGAUUCCUGGGUUUUCCUGCUGAUUUGAACAUUUGUAAAUCAUGGACAGUUUGUAAAAUAAAAGACUGAAAA